AUGAGUAAACUAAGUGUGAAGCCCAUUCAUUGUGCGUGCACAUAUGGGCAUACACUGUCGGUGGAAAUGUUGUUUCAAGCUGGUGCCGAUAUUAAUGCCAAAGACAGUUAUGGACGAACACCACUGAUUACUGCUGUUCAGAAUGAUUAUACGCUGUUGGUAGCGUAUUUGACUACUAAAAGGGCUGCAAUCGACCUUACGGAUAUACAUGGUGAAACGCCCUUACAUUGGGCGGCUCACAAAGGUUGUAUCAGCUGA